GAACCCUCAAGAUCGACACUGUGAGCGCCUGUUUCACUCAUCCGAACGCAAGCUAGGGGUCGUCUGGAUGGCCAUUUGAAAGGGUUGGGUGGUGGAGGUGGAAAUUGAGGAUGGAUGGAACAUGGCUCAUCUGGAUGGACUCCUCGCAACUCAAUGUUCCUCCUGGUACGCGGCCUGACUGACUAAACCCUACAGAUGGCCCGCAGCAGACAGCUCGCACCUGGAAUUGGUCGCUUCUCUCGCUCCCAGGCUGCAGCGCGGAGGGGCCUUUAUAAGGGUCCCAAAACUUCGGAGAAGCCUGCCACCGAGCCUGUUCCUGCCCACAAGGAGGUCAAGGUCGGCGGCGACAAGAAUGCCGGAGCGCGUCUUGUUCCUACCUCGAAAGCCCCCCGUUUCUACCCCGCUGAAGCUGUCCGCCAACCCAAGAAGAGCCGCAAAACACCAAAACCCGCCAGGCUUCGCCCCUCCAUAACACCCGGAGCUGUCCUCAUCUUGUUGGCAGGGCGCUUCAGAGGGAAGCGCGUUGUCUUCUUGAAGCAGCUGGAGAGCGGAUUGUUGUUGGUGACUGGGCCGUACAAGAUUAAUGGUGUUCCCCUCCGGAGGGUGAACCAGGCAUACGUUAUCGCCACGUCCACCAAGGUUGAGCUUGAGGGUCUGAAGGUUGACGCCAAAAUCAACGACUCGUACUUCGCUAAGGCGUCUGCAAAGAGCGCCGGGUCAGCGGAGGCAGAGUUCUUUGCCGAUGGAAAGCCCAAGCAGAGGGAGACAUUCCCUGAGGCUAAGUCAGCAGAUCAGAAGGAGGUUGACAAGGCCGUCAUCUCGGCUAUCCAAAAGCAGGAGAACCUUGCCAAAUACCUCAAGGCCACUUUCGGCCUGUCGAAGGGCCAGUUCCCUCAUGAGAUGGUGUUCUAGGCGAGCAGCUCGACCGGGUGUGGGUGGUACAGAGGAUUGAGAUUAGUGUGCUGGAAUAUGACAUGCCCUACUGUACCCCAUGUUUGCCGUAGUUUAAGCUCACUAUGUAUGACGCCUUUUCUCUUGUAUCACAACGUGAUCUCGAAAGCC